AUGGUGACGGAGCCGAGGACGGGGCUGAAGGUGCCGGCGGCGAUGACGCCGGGCGAUAAAGCGCUCGCGCUCGCGGGACGCGGCGCCCGCGUGAAACGCAUCGCAGGGUUGAGCGUAAAAGUGUACGCGUGCGGAUUUUAUGUUGACGUCGAUGGUGCGCGCGAUGGUGAUGCGGCGUCGUACGAACGCUUGGUGCGAUUGGUUUUCGCGCGAAACGUCGGCGGCGAUAAAAUCGUCGAGGCACUCGCGGAACGCAUACGACCGGCGAUGGACGCCGAUUCGCCGGCGUUGAGGGCGUUUGAGGCGAUUUUCGAUGGUGUGAGUUUUAAAAAGGGGACUUCGUUGGAUUUUCACGCCACGUUCGAGGGUGAGCUCGCGACGUUCAUCAAGGGUAAACGCGUGAGCGUCAUCGCCGACGCCUCGCUCUGUCGCGCGCUCUUCGACUGUUACGUCGGUAAAGAUCCGGUGAUUCCCGAGCUGAAAUCCACCGUCUGUGCAUUCGUCGAUGGCCUUAACUAA